CAUGCGUAGUAUGGCUUCAGCCAUGAUAAAUAUCAUGAAUAAAUGUAAAAUUUUAUAUUAGAUAAUUUCUUGGAAUCUUUACGUGUUUUACGAUGGCAAUUUAUGCACGGAGUACUCAUGGAUCUAAAUUAACAGAUGCAAGUGUACCCAGUUCGAUUGUUUCUGCCUUCAGGAGCACUAGGACCAAAUCCAUCCAUACCAUCUUCAGUUCUAUAUCUUCAAAGUAUUUUACACAUGAUUUUCAGUGAAAGAUGUAGAAAAACAACUGGGAAAGAAAAUAACCAUAUUCAUUGACCGAGUGCAAUGAAUUUUAUAUAGUCUUUGUUGUUAAUGUUUGAUGCUUCUGAAUAUUCUACUCAUCAUGCUGCUUACACCAAACUGUUUUACAGCAAAUAAUGUAAUGUGAGUUAUAGUAUAUUAGUGAAGACCUAACAGUUAAACUGUGAAUGACUGAAUGGAAGAAAAAGUGGGAUUGAAACAUGGGUCUCAUAUGGACUUUCAGUUGGUGUGUGUAAUGGGAAAAGAAGGCAGCUGGGUGAAUGAAUCAGGUGACCCAAAACCAGACACUCUGAUCCAGGGGUUAUCGGGUCAAACAUGAACUAUGACGGCAGUCAGCAGUAUGGUUUCAACCUUGGAUUAGCUGCUGCUGCGGCGGCGGCUGCUGCAGCAGCUAGCCAGCAACAACCAGUACAACAGAAUGUGGCAGGUAACAUUUAUCCCUACUUUCCGGGAGCAGGGGACUUACAGCAACAGCAGCAAUUGUCUGCCAAAGUUGCUGCCCUGGGGCAACCAACAGCUGUGGCAGCUUUGGCAAGAAAGAACAUCUUGUACAGUCCACAACAGCACCAUCUGCAACAGCAGCAACAACACCUCCAGCAUCAGCAACCACUUCAGCAACAGCAGCAUGGAACAGCCUUUGGCUUGGUGCAAGGGCAGGCAAUGGUUGGGAGGCAGAAUGUGUUUCCCAUGGCUACAGGGCUGUCCAUUCCCCAGGAGCCUCUCUGUUCACCUCAGAAUAUGCUGGAGGCAUAUGGCAGUCUCAGUCCCAAUAUGAUGGGGCAGAAAGUGGCAUCUACUGGUGCUGUCGCAGCCUCUGGCUAUAGGAACUUUGGCUGGAUGAACAUCCCUCAGGCCAACAACAACAUUGCCACCGUCAGCAACAAUAACAAUGCAGGCACUACAACCCCCGUCAACAACCAGCCAUCACUUCCCAGCAUUGGGCAUCUGUUGUCGCAUCUGCAGCAGCAGCAGAAGCAGCAAACAACCAUGACAGCUUUGUUCCACCCUUCUCCCCAGCAGUCACAGCCACAGCAACACCAGCAAAAUAUUGCCAACUUCCAGAGUAUACAUGUUUUCCAGGGGGCGCCCACUGCAAACUUGCAAAUGUCUCCUGGUGGGCUUCAGGUGUCACCAGGAAGCAUACAGGUAUCCCCCAAUGGGCAAGCAUUUCAGGUGCCACAGUCCCUACAAAAUACUUUGUCUCCAAACACUAUGGCUGCUGCUGGCGUUGGCUUUUCUGCCCUUCGCCAGGUGCAAGUCUCAGCUGCCAUUGGAGGCAUGGUGGGUGGUGGCAUCCGUAAUCAGGUGGUCAUGGCACCUCGAGGACAGGUGAUCAUGGCCCAGACAUUUCCUACAGGAAACUCGGGUAGCAAUGAGAUGAAGAACUUUCAGUCUGUUGCCAAGUUGGCGACUGUAGGGCCAGGAGGUGGGUUAGGAGUCAGAGCUGUGAUGGGCGGCCAGGUCAACGUUGUGAGUGCACCCCCUAUCUCUGCAACUCUCCCUUCUGCAGCCUUAGUUACCUCGUCUACAGCUGUCAGCCAUUCUGACCAGCCAGUGUCAUUUGUGUCACAGGCCAGCUGCAACCACAUUGCAUUAACCACCACCACAGUGACUGUCACCACAUCUGCCUGCAGUCUUGCUGCCACCACAGCCACUACCGUGCACACCUCCAUUCCUUUAGCCACCAGUAUCACCUCGCUGCCCAACAUCUCUCCCACCUCUUGUCAGCACACCUCACCCCAUCCUUCCCACCCUGCUCACAACAGCCAUGUACAAGAGGUAGAAACAAAGAGAGAUGGAGUUUCUGGGUUGUUGGCAACCUCUUCUAUGCCUCUAGUAGCAUCUUCGGCUGGCACCCCUGCAAAUGGAUCUGAUGAGGCUGGGAAUGGUGAAGUUCAAGUGAUUAAAGUUCCUUACAGCUGGCGACGGGAGCUUGUCAAUGGAGCUGUUGUAUACUUCAGCCCAAGCAAUGUGUGUCUGUCUUCAUUGGAGCAAAUUCAGGCCUACCUUUCUAAGUCAGGAACAUGCAAGUGUGGACUAGAAUGCCCACUGCAAGUUGGGCGAACUUUCAACUUUGAUCCAGCUGUUGAAGGCAAGCCAUGGAGCAUGGAGGAUGUCACAUGCUCUCAAGAUCUUACCAAACUGUGUAAUCACAAGCGGAAAGUUCUGGCAUUAGCUGCAUUUCAAAACUCCACUGUUGGUCAAGAGACCCAAGGCAAAGCUGAUGGCCCAGCUACAAAAUUUAGGAAGAGAGACAAGGGCAAACUGGGAGACAAUCUGCUGGUUUCACCUCUGGUGGCAGACUCCAAGUUGAAGACAUCCAUCACAAAUGCAGUUAACAAGCAUGCUGCAGCCACUGCCCUGUCUCUUAGCAGCAGCCAUAACAGCCUAAACAGCAGCACCAGCAGCAUUAUUUCCUCAGCCCAGUCUUCAUCAGCAGAGGAAAUAGGAGUAGCUGGGAGCAUUAGCCAAGCAACAAGCACUGACCUUGGGAUUUCAGUUCCCACUCCCCAGCACAUGGUUCCUCCAUCUGCAAACUGUGGGGUGGAUCGAAGUGGCAGCAUUCACUGUCCAGCCCAGUCUCCAAUGUCACAUUCUCCAGCCAGUAUGCACAGCACACCAGGUAUGCCAGUUGGGGGAGGUGGUGACCACAUGGAAGGCCUGGGCCCCAUCACAAGCCACUUUCCUGGUAAACUGGACUUUGGCAGGAACCAUUCCUGCAGCUCUGUUGCCAUAGGUAUUGGAGGUAGGGGAAUGACUCCCAACCAUGUGGAUCCCAGACAGUUUCCCCAAAGUGCUUUGCAGUGCAAUGUGUUCUCUCCUGAUGAGUUUAAGCAGUCCUAUUUCAUGCAGCAGCCACAGGUACAUCCUCACCCUCAGGGUCAAGUUAACAUGAGUGGUAUGCCUUUCAUGGCCCCGAUGCCACCGCACACUGGAGUGGCACCUGCAGGGACCCAGACAUUCCGAGGAACCCACCCCAUCAGUAUACAGAUGCAGUAUCCUGUGGGUUUCCCUCAUGGUCAGCAGCAGGUUCAUUCUCAACACCAUUACCCUAACACCAUGGUCUGUCAUGGGCUGCAGCAACAACAGCAGCAGCAUAUGCAUCCCACACACCAGCACUCGCAGCAACAGCCACCACCACUACCCCAUCACCAUGCACAUCAAGGGCAGUCACUCCUGAGACACCACCAGCCCCUGCAGCCACCGCAUACCAUGUUUCAGAAUCUCCGUAUGGGUUCUCCAGGGGUGUGGCCACCACAGCACCUACCACCUCACCAUGGAGGACCCACUCCUCCUUCAGGGUACCUUUCUGAUCCCCAUCACCAACAAGGAGGAGGGGUGUUUCCAGGUGGUUACCCACAUAUGGGAGACCUGCUGUGGCUGGAGCCAGGCAAACCAAAAAGCAAACGCCCCCGAAGCAAGAAGGACAAACAGAAGCUCAACAGUAUUGUGGAUAGAACCUCACCAUGUGGUGUGCUGGGCCGACACAGGCCUGGAGGAGCAGGGACUGCCAUGCCCAUGACAGACCUGCCUAAGUGUUCGACGCCGUCCACUCCUGCCAUAACCACCAGUACCCCAAAUGUGUUCCCAUCUGCUGCUGCCACAACUACAUUACCAUGUUCCGUCUCAUUUCUUGAAAACCCUGCUGUGUUCGUGGCCCAGCAGACUGCAAUUAUAAACAGCUCAUUGGCCAGCUGUCAGGUAGACCUUGGUUCCCCACCACAUCUCACCAACCCUACUUUCACCUCCAACCCAGUGAGAGCUAAUGCAUGCUCAGCUACUAACACCACUUUGCCUAUAAUAAAAGUGGAACCGGACUGUGAUGAAAGGCUUUCAGAAAGUUUCCCUGCCUCAGGCAGAGGGAUGACUGAAUGUGAGUGCAAACAGGAGCCUACAACUGAUGAUGUUUUGUGCUUAAGAGAUCAAGAUAAGAAGUUGUGUGGCAACUCAUCUGUUAUGAGCACUGUUCACCUCAACAAGAGUCAUGUUGUGUCAAAACUUGAGCCCAGUGCAGUUUUACCCUCACAGUCAGGAAGUUCAUCAUCUAAAGUUAGUGAUACCUGUGGUACCGGUGGUAAUGGCUUGUCACAGGGGUCACAGGGCAAGAAAAAACCCUCCCCUAAGGCCAAGAAUCGUCAGAAGAUGCUGCCUGUAGCCAGCAAGUUGACUGUUGCCAACACGUGUUUGCCGGAGUGUGCUUCCCCAGUCACCUUACCCCAACACAGCAUUGUUUCUCCCCAGCUGCCAGUCCACCACCAGCAGCACACCAGUGAUGCUAAUGCCAUGAAUGCUGUGACAGGUUCUGUCCCUUUUCAAGUUCCUGACCUCUCUCAGCUCCUUCUCGGCAGUUGUGGGAACACCAGCAAUAACUGGAACUUGAUGGCCUUGCAGUUAGCACAAUACAACAACAGUAAUGGUAACAACGGCAGUCUCGGAGGGAAUGGGGAUUUGAACUCCAGUGCAAGCACUAAUGCACCGACAGAUUUUCCUGCCAGCAGUCUCCUGACGGCGGCAGCCAGGGCGCAGCUUUCUCAGCAAACUCCUCUGAACUCUUUCUUGUUGCCUGCCAUUCUGUCUGCCAAUGGACUAGCUACUCAAGAUCUUCCCCUCCUUGCAGCUGCAGCUUUGCAACAGCAACAACAACAGCAGUUGCAGCAGCAUGAUGCCACUGCAUCAGUAACCUUGAAUGGUGGUGGCAGUGCAGAUCUCACUGCUAAAACAUCACCUGCAAUGGCAGGGACCAGCAUGGUUGGGGUUAGUCCUGUGGGGGUUGCAACCUUGAACCAGGCCUGCUCAUUACCCAUGCAGCUGCUGCAAGGUACAAACAUGGUGACAGCUGGUGUGAUGCCUACCACUGCUUUCCAAGGUGGAACUUUGCUGGCCCAAGGAGUGCAGAGCAUGCAGGGCUUGCAGGGCCUGCCCCUCAAUGUCUUUUUGCCAAUGAAUCAGACAGGCGUUGGAGCUGAUGGCUUGCAAGGCAUCUCCAUUGACAUGGCAGGUAAUAUCCUGGCCUCUGUUUCCAUGGGCAACACAGUCUGCAAGACUUUGAACAUUUCACCCAAGAUGGUCACCACAUUAGUUGACACUGCAUCGGCCAUCUCACCAGGUUCGCUUCCAGGUUCCCUGUCACCAGCAGUACCCACCUCUGCAGGUUUCUCAUCACAAGGAUGUGGCAGCAUGAAGGGAAUGGGGUCUACCAUUCACCACCUCCCACAGAACAACAUACCUCAUGCUGUUGCACAGAAUAUUGGUUCAGGCAUUCAGACCCAGAAUCUUAGUCAGAGCAUACAAGGGAGUCAAAACACAUCUCAGAGCAUGCAGGGUCAGGCAUUUAAUCAGACUAUAGGUCAAGGUGUGCCGCAGGCGCUGGGAGUGAAUGUCAGCAUGGGUCUGGGAGGUGGGGAAGCUGUUGUGCUGAACAGUCUGCUACCUUCCUUCCUAACGCUCAAUACCUCCAUGCCACCCAUCUCACUCCCCAUGGUCACCAGCGUCACCAACAGCCUAGCGCAGGUCAUUCCUGCUGUUGGCACUGCCCCAGCUCUGCUCACCACGCAGCAGCAGCACCAACCCCAGCAUCAGCAGCCCCAGCAGCAGCAGGCAUCCGCAGCACAGUUUCUCAAUGCUCUGGCUAUUCCUGCCGUGGCUGCGGCAGCGUUUGCCAACCCGCUGCUCAUAACGAAUCCUUUGGUAGCUCAGGCCACAGCUAACCCUCCUGUGCCCCAGUAUCCUACAAAAGUCAUCACAGAUGAGCGAGACUGCGAUGAGUCUGUGCAAAGCAUGCAGGCCAUGGGCAGCCAGAUAGAGGAAAAGGCCCUAGAAAGUUCUUCACACAAGCUAGAAGAUGGUGGGGGAUGCUCAGGGAAAACCUUGGAUAUGCCCCAACACCAUAGCUUGAGCCAGCAGGCUCUCACGGUGCAGACAAGCGAUGCUUUUCAGCAGCAGCAGCAACAGCAGCAGGUCUUUGUUCUACCUGGUGGUGGCUUACCUCUGAUGCACGUACUCAGUGCUGGCACACAUCAGCUUGGUGCAGCAGCAGGCGUUGUUGAUAAACUGUGUAACACCACCCAGCUUUUUCUUCCAGCAGCUCCGUCUGCUGCAACACUUUCACCAGAUCUGACGCAGUUAGGGGCUGUGGCAGCCUUGACUCCACUGGGCAUUCAGCAGAUGUGGAACAGCCUCAACAGUCUACAGUUGCAGCAAUUGCAGACGCUGCAACUUCAGCAGCUAGUGUGGCAACAGCUGCAGGGCAUGCAGGCCCUUCCCCCACACAUCACCACAUUGGAUGCAUCUGCCACCCAUCCACUGCAGACACAUUUCUUUACAAACCUACAGCAGCAACAAGUGCAGAUAUCCACGUCACAGCAGCAGCCCCAACAGUCCCAGGAUGUAUUGAUUGCCCAAGAAGAAGAGGUAGAGGAAGAGGAAGAGGAAAUGGAAGCAGGUGGAUUAAUAUCCAUGGAUGGAGCAGGAAGUGACUGUGGUGCUCAGACAGAGAUUGCAUCAUCUUGCAUCUCUAUGGAGAAGGUGCAGGCUCGUGAAUGUGUGGAUGCUUCCCCGGCAUCACCAGUGCAGAGUCCAGAUGCCAGCAACAGUCCCAGUUCAAAAGCAGGACCAGUCCCAGCAAAGACGAGUGGACAGAGCCCAGAUAACAGCAAUGGCUUUAGGGAGACUAAAGCCAGUCAAGAAAUCUUGCCAUCAUCAGAUAUCUCUCCUUCAUUGCAGCAAGGAGGCAAAAGCACACACGGGGGUGCAGAGAGAAAUACUGUUGGUAAUGCCUUGCAAAAACCUGACAUCUUCUUAAAUUGCAUGGUCAAGUCUUCAUCUGGUCCAGCUUCUAGAAUGUCAACAGCUAGUAGCCCAAGGUCGCAGAGCAUAAAGUCACAUGUGGUGAGUUCUACAGCCCAAUCGACAAUGAUGGAUACCAGCUGUUUAAGUGGGAAGCAAAGUUGUGGUGAUCCUGUUUCACUGAAUGACAGAAAUGCUCGUGCCAGUAAAACAUUGUAUCCAGGAGACAAAACUGCAAGCAACUUUAAUCAUUCAAGUUAUCACCCUACUGUCAAUGGAAACUGCAGGGGCAAAAACCUUCAAAGCCAGAUGGAGGGGGGAGGCAAACGCAGGGGAGUAAAGAGAAGCCUGGAGGACCAGUGCUUGUCUGCAGGUGCAGCCAAAGUAAUAAGCAAUGGAACUGCAGCUUUGCCACUGGGAGGCAUGCCAGUUGUGACAAUAACCCCAGGCCCAAACAUUGUUGGUCAGGGUCAGUGCAGCACUUGAGACUGUUAGCUCACUGUUGGUGAUAUUCAUUUUUCUAUCCCUGUGCAGUAAAGACUUCAGUCUAAAAUGCUUGUCUUCUCAUCUUGGACUUCCUUUUCUGGAAUAUAACCAGAAUCGACGUCAUACCAGAAUGAGGUUAUCUAUAGAGUUAUACAGCGACAGCACAUUUUUGUAGCCUUGUAUGUUGUUACACCAUUGUUCAUCUCAAAACCCCAUGUGGAGUCUGCUGAUAAAACAAAAAUCAUGAACUUAAGUUAAAGGGCCACACAGAUUGCUUUGGUUUGUAUUUUGUGUGCAAAAAAAAAAAGCCAGUUGUUUAAAAGAUUUUUUUCCUUAUUGGAUGAGGCUGGUCCCUUUGUGUUGCUAAUCUUUAAUUUGACUUUCAAACUAUUGCCUACUAGAGAUAACAAAGAUGUAGUGGAUUUGUUAGAGUGAAAACAUCAGAUUGUUAGUGGGACUGGGUGAUUUGUUUGCUUCUUUGUAUUUUAAAACUGUUUGGCUCUAACGAUCUGAAUGACUGUGUGGUUACAUGCUUGUACACCUGCUGGGUUUGCCAUCCAACUGUGCCGCAGUGACCCAUACAAAAGAAGAGAAACGUUAUGCAUGAAAAUAUUAAAAGAAAAAGGUCAUUGGUGGAAGAGAAUUAGAGGUAUGUUAACAAAGUAUUGUUUGUCCUUUCUGUGAAACACAGCUGACAGUGUUUGUGAUAUUUGUUGACAUACAGUGUAUUGUUUCAUGUCUCAUGAUGCAGUGACUUAUUGCAACAAUAUAAGAAAACAUUGUUUUGAUUGAAUGGUAUAGAAAGGAGGAAUAACAUGUGAAGUUUGCUAUAAUUCAAGAAAACUGCAAAUAUGCUGCAUUUUUCUUAAAACUCUUAAUAUUUAUUUCUCUAGUAUUUGGUCUUUUUAAAAAAUAGUUUACACAUGCAUUGCCAGAACUCAUGGAAAAGGUACAAUUUUUAAAUAUCUGUAGGGAAACACAUGGCUUUAAUUCUUUCACAGUUGACCUGUUGUGCUACGUAAGAUAUGGCCUCUUGGUGAGGUGACAGAGUUAGAAGAGAAACAAUCUUACUGGAAUAGCUAGUGGACAGCCAGUUGUAUAGCAUUAUAUACCAAAGUAUCCAUUUCUGUGUCAUGUGAGCUACUUUUUCUUCUUUCCAGACUUGAAAUGCUAUAUUAACUUAAUAAGCCUUAUCUAUUUAUUUAAGACAGACAAAAAUCUAUUUCAGUCAGUAGCAUAUAAAUAAAAGAUUUAGUGGGAGUAGUGUAUACUUCUAGAAACCAGACAAGUUUUAAAUUCUUGUUUACAUAAUUAUAUAUAUAAUGAUGAUUAUUUUAGUAGUUCCUCUGUUUCUGUAAAGGUUGUCUGCUGCACAGGUGUCUUGUAGUUAUUCUGUGAUAAUCUCAGGAAAGAGACAUUCAUCCAUUGCCAGGUUGUCAUGUUUGCAGCUGCAUCAGAUCUGAAAAUGGUUUUAGUAUGCAGAUAGUUCAGUGCAAUGCAUUGGGUCUUCAGUGGUCAGGCACACACUCAGUUGCAUGUGGGACAUCAUCCAUGUUGUGCAUCCAGUUAAAAACAUAAAUAAAUGCUUACUUGGUCUUGACAUGUUUUCACAGUGCAUCAAGAUCAUUCUUCUUCUUGUUCAAGAUCAUUACCCUCAUCAAUUUUCUUAUUCCCUUUACUAGACUCCCCUGCUUCAUCUUGGAGGAGGGGAGGGAAUCAUCUAGCUUAGAAUUAAUGCACCCAAGUUUGAGGAUGGAGUGAGAAGGUUGAGCUCUACCUCCCAUGUAUUAGAGGUUUCCAAAAACACUAAAUGUUAUCAAUUUAUCUCUCAUAUCACAGAUGUUAGGGGAAGGGCCUGAACACUCCUUGGCUUUCUUGUCCUUUCUUGUCCUGCGUUCUACUAAUCUUGUAUUGUUGUUUCUCAGUAUCUACUUCCCCUCCUCUCUUUUUGGUCACACUUUAUGUACACAUCCAUUGAUACAUACAGACAUCAGAAGUCAUUUUUAUGAGGCAAAGGUUGGUCUAUUGAUUGGAGGCAUUAGGACAUCUUGUAAUUGGUCACAGAAGCAGACCUAGAAGGUUGGCUAAUAAUCUUGAGGUCCCUAUUAUGAGUAUAGUUUAUGGCUUACUGGAGGGCUUGCUAAAACUCUAUGUAUUUAGUGGAGUUACGACAAAGUUAAAUGUGUGAAUGAACCUCUGGUUCAUAACUACAGCACCAGACUGUUACUGUUCUAAUCAACAGUAGAUGAGGAAGACAUGGCAAAUUUACAAAGAAAAUAAUGUACACUUGCUGGAAAGAAAUGUUCAGGGCUGUUUUAAAUAGAAGAGAUGGGUUUUUUUUUUUCUAAUUGACUUUGUUAAAGAUAGGAAAUUAAUUUAAUUUCUUUAGUUGUAUUCAUGCAUGAUUGAGUGAUAAUUGGGGUGGGAUGGUGAGUGUAAAAAUCUGCACAAUAUAUUUUUAUAUAUGUUGUGCUCCAGAUUUACUUAUAACCAAGAGCAUGUUGCUGUUUGUAACCAAUUUUACUGGCGCUAGAUUUUUGAAUACAGGUCUCUGAAACAAAUCUUUUUCAAAUUAGUUGGUCACCAUUUGAUAGUUUGCAUUCAGUCUUUAUUUUGAUAUAUAUGCUGAAGUGAGUGUUGAUCAUUCGUCAUGUUUGUUCUCUCCACAAAAGAGUGUACUACUUUUUAUUCACAUUGUCUGGCAUACAUGAGAAGCAUUAUUUGCAUUUUUUAAAAUCAAUUUUUGGUCUGUGUCAGAGACAGACGACGUAAAGAAUGUGAAAUAGUCAAGAUUGUCUCUGGUUCCAAGCAGAGUAAGGGCAUAUUCGUUUGACAUAAUCAUGGUUGUGUCUUCCUUAAUGUUGAUGCUUCAGUUUUGUUUCGUGCAAUUAUGAAUACACAAUUAUAUAAGAAGUGUAUUUCGUGACCUAAACCAAAACAUUUCAUGGGUGUUCGUUAUUUCCAUAGUCAGGUGGGUCUAUGAGUGGAUUUGUGAGUUCUGGUAUGGUAGCUGAUCUCCACAGUUGUGAAACCUGGAGCCAAACAGUGUCUCUAUUAGGUGUGCACAGUAAAGAAUGUGUGUGCAUGGGCAUGUGUGCAGCUUUGUUAUUAGAGCUACGUGAUCCAUCAUUGUCGUCGGUUAAAAAAAAAACAAAUUUGUGUAUUUACAGUAUUAAAAACAAACUGAGGGCAAGAGAGUAAGUUUUUGGGAAGAUUGAACAAAGACCUGUUAAUUGAAUGAUCGUAUCUGCUCCUGCAUAAGGUAGCAAAAGUAGACUCUUCUCCACUGCUGAAGUUCAUGGCCUCUUUUUAUCUUCCCCAUUACCCCCACUCACAAAACAAGCACUGUAUUCAGAUGUUAAUUGCCCAAUGCUGCCUUGCCAGCAAGAAGUAUCUUGAAACAGACAGAUUGCAAAUUAUAAGUGGGAAUGAGUUAGCAAUAUGUGAUUGUUUUGGUUUUUUUUUUUUUAAACAAUAAGAGCGCAUAUUUGCAGUUGUUUGUCAGGGUUUUUUGUUUGUUUGUUUCUAUGCCAUAAGAGUCUUUAAAAGCUCCCUCUUCCUGAUGAGAUUUGUUCCCUUGUUCAUGGCCACAUACAUCUAACCACAUCUGUCUUUUUUGCCUGACGUUAAAUUAUUAGUUUUUGUGUUCUUUUUUCCUUUUUUUUUAUUUUGAUAACAGGCACAUACACUCAGGUCAUAGAGUUGUGAUAGUAUGUGUAUUAACAGAUCUGUUGUCUUGGAAAAGAAGCUAGAAGAGAAACAAAGAGAAUAGUUCUAUGGCAGCCUCAAGAGUCGUCUUUUGAGAAGAGGCUGGAGAAUGAGCAUAAACAGUUUUGAUACAUGUUGAUAUAUAUACAUAUGCAUCUAUAUAUAAUGUUUUCUUAGUCGCUUAAGUAAAUUAUGCUCUUAGUAGUAAUUUUUCUUUACUCUUUUAAGAACCGUUGUUGAUUUAUUCUUUUAUUUUUGUUUAAAAUUGUUUGUGCUUGAGUAAUAGCUUAGGGGAAAAGUAGAAGUGAAAGCAAUUACAGUGGUUUUGCUUAAGCCUUGCUUGCAUAUUUGUUCACCUGUUGGCCCAAAAUUUUAACUCUACCUUCUCAUUUACAAUUUUUUUCAACUAUCCACCAACAAAAUUUAAAAUAUAUCUUUCAACUGAGUAGCCAGAGAAAGAUUUUUACCCACUGAGCCUUUGUGACCAUUUAAACAUUUUGACCUUUGUGAGAUAUAAAGUCACAUUUUUAACAACAAAAAAACUGUUCGUAACCAAGUCAAUUUUCCCCUCAAAACUGUCAUUGAUGUACCAUUAAUGACUGCAUUUAUGAUGGCUAUUCAUUUUGACACAAGAAAUAUGUUUACAAACCUGGUUUAAGUACUUAGUUUUUAUUUGCAUCAUUUCACUGCAAAUGGCAAACAUAUAAAGUAUUAUUUGUGUAUCGUUUCCCACAGAUGCACUGCAAUUUUGUACUGAGUGUGCAUGCAUGCGCAAGCAUAUACAUGUGUUAUACUCAUAUGUUUUAUCUUUGUCUUUGUUCAGAGAGCUUAAAGCUGGUGUUUCUGUUCUUGUUUACAAAGGCAUUCUCGCAUGUUUGCCUGUGUGUGAUCAGUAUGGGUUUUUUAUAUAGGUAUUGAAAAUUUCUCUUAUUUUGGUAAACAGCUGGUUAGAAGAACAUGGCAUUUGCUUUUAUUGCUACAUUCUCUUGAAAGUUCAUUUUUAAUGUUUUCGCCAAGCCUGUUUGUGUGUGUGCACUCAUGCACAUAUGUGUGCAUGAAGAAAAGAUGGAGUGCUGGUGAGAGGGAGAGAGAAAGAGAAAGGACGUAUAAAAUUUAUAAAAUUUGGUUUACAUCUUUUGAAAACACCUUACUUUUAUGUACAUGCAUUCCACAUUAAAAGCCAUAUUUAUAAACAUUGAUGGGAGUUAGCAAGAACAUGUUCCUUCUAACCAAAUAGAAAUUUGCAAUUGACAUUAAACCAGAAUCUGAUAAGCAAAGUAUGUGGUGGACAUCACAAAGCAUAAUGCUAUCAUUAUGCAUUUACUGUAAGGUAAAAUCAAUAUCAGUAAAGUCAGGUUUACAUAAAAUUAUAUGAAAAUGACUCAUUAACCCCUUCAUGCCCAAAUUAUUUUUUAAAAAUUGUUCCUGUUAUGACCAUUAAAGCAAGAGCUGUAUUAAAGAAGUAGGUUAUUGUGAUGUAUUACAGUUCAGAUCAUGUGAUUUAACAACCACCUUCGGGAUGCAAGCUGAUCAAAAUCCUUUCUGCUAGAUUUGCACGUUUUGCCACACAAUUAUUAUGUCAUCUAUGAACAGAAUUAGCCACAUGUGUACCUAACCUUUUCAGGCUUGCUUUCAGUUGAUGGAUUUGUGUCUAAAAUCAGCAUUUUUUUCUCCUUGGUGAAUUUCGAUUUCAAUAUUCACAAUCAAAAACUUUUUAUGUGCCAUUUUUUCGAUCAUUAACUAAUUGUAAUAUUUGCUUUUAAAAUUUUAUAUUUUUAAACAGUGUGGAUAUAUCAGUGAUACAGUGUCUGUUGGCAGAAUUAGUUCUUAGCAAGGUCUUACAAUGUAUGGGAAGUUCUUUACUAAAAUUCUAUUUAACAGGAUCAUUUUUUUUUCCAGCUUUUGGUAAUUUUUAAUGAUUUGUUUUUCAAAUAUGAUGUUAAGUUUACUUCACCUGUGUAGCUUUAAAUAUCUUGGUCAUCAGGUGUGCAUCUUUAAAUCAUAAUUUGCAGCAGCAUUUACCUUUUUGUCAAAGAAUAACAAUUUUUUUUUUCUUUUAUAUGAACAACUCAUGAUGAGUAUAGUGGGACUAAAGUGUAUUUUAAACAUAAAGUUAUGCUAGAGUCCAUCACUGUUAAUUGAAAAGGUAACCAGAAUCUUGAGUUCCCGCAUAAAAGGUUUUGUCACAGAUAUCUAUUUUGUGAGGAGCAGUAACAUGCAGCUGUUAAAAUUCUGAUCUGGAGAAGACAAGAAAGGGAUACUAGCAUUAAAAUGUGUUUAAGUAAAACAAAAUCUGUGAAAAACGUGCUUCAUAGGUACUUUUUUUAAUAGCAAUUGUAGAUUUUUUUUUUCAAACCUUGCUGCCACUAGGCUUUCAUGAGUAUGCAUCAUCAAGGUGAUCUUCCAAGAUGUUCCAACCAGCAUUUGACAGAGACUGAAUUUUGCCAUGCAGUAGUUAUUCAGGCAGUUGAGAAGUUGUAUGCAGCUUUUCCUGCCUUGAACUGAAAAGUUUUAGUUGGGUUAUUAUAAUUCUGAAAACAGUACAAUUUGAUUGUAAUGCUGACAGUGAUUUUUACCUUGUGUGUUGUCUAACUUGUAUAAAAAUCAUGUAGCAAGUGUAAGAUAUAGAAGACAUUUUUCAAAUGGAACACUUGUUUAUGCAACACUUUCUUGUUAAUGAAUGUACUGUAGAGUGUCCUCAACUGGUUUAUAGUAUAAUUCACUACAAUUCUUGCAUACAGCUGUGCACAUAUACACAAAGAUUCACACACACACACACAUGCCUGAAUCAAUACAUACAAAUAGACAAACAUGCACAGAUGAGCGUUACAGCUUGGAACUGCUUGAUUUCAGAUCUGUUGGUGAUGUAAAGGUGUGGUGUCCAUGUCUGUUCAUUUCUGCCAACAAGUGUUCACAUACAUACUAGAAACCCUCACAUUAAUCUAAGGAUAUAGAUCAGCGCGGUUUGUAUAUGUUUUAAUGUUAAACCAUUUGAAAAAUGAUAAUUACAGUGCUGCAAAGUCUGUACACAAAAUUGUACAAGAUUGUGUUGUACAUAUUUUAUCUCUACAGGAAAGACAAGCUUGAUAAUGUGCCAUGAGUGAAGCAGCGUUUUCGCUGUUCCAUUUCACCAGAACCCCUUUCAUCAUGAUCAGUUAUUUGUUAUGGACAAGUGGUAUCAAAUGAUUAUUCAAUUGUAAAUUAAUCAUUAUGAGAAUUAUUUAAAAGUGCUGCCUAGAUUUUAGAAGCCUGGUGCUUGGAGCAGAUCAUUUUUUAAUUCAGUGAUGAUUUGUAUAAAACAUUGGUCUGUGUGGUUUCCUUUUUUUGUCAUAAUCAUCAUGAUAAUCAUAAUCAUCAUCAUUAUCUUGUUUUUGGUUGACUCUUCAUUGUAUAUAGUGGGGCUGUACAGUGUGCAACAGCCUCGACCAAUGUGAUACCCCCUUCCCUUGUCCUUUUUUUACACUGCGAUUCGGCUCAACCAUCAGUACCUUUGCGCUGUUAAAGAACUCUCUGUCCACUGGAGUGUGGGUUAGAAUGAGAGAAACAUGCCAGUGGCAUUGUGUGGGAGAGAGAAGAGCAAUUUGAUCAUACUUGAAGUGACAUAAAGUUUAUUUACAGUAACAUCAUGCCGCA